CCUUUCUCUGUCCUUUCCAGGCUGGUGCCGUCUGCCUCCUGACCAGCCAUGGCCCUGAUCGAGGGUGUGGGGGAUGAAGUGACGGUCCUCUUUGGCCUGCUGUCGGUGCUGCUGGUGCUGGUGCUGGCCUGGUUCUCGACGCACACAGUGGAGCGAGGGGACCCCGUCUUUGCGGCCACCCCCCCUCUGGCCCCCGGGCAGGCAGGAGGCGAGGGCCUGCAGGAGGACAGGCCAAGUGGGCAGGGGGCUGGGGUCAAGGAGGGAGACCCUGCAGGGGGGGCUGCAGCAGACAGGCCUGGCAGCCCUCGUGGGGACCUGCGACACAGAGCAGGCCUCAGCUCCCCAGAGCGACCCACAGGAGGCACCAGCUCUGAGAACUCCCCAGCAGACGACACCAUCAUCUUGCGACUGAAGUUCUUGAAUGACACGGAGCGCCUGGCCCGGGUGCGCCCCGAGGACACCGUGGGAGGCCUUAAAAGGGCCCACUUCCCAGGCCAGGAGCAGCUGGUGCGCCUGAUCUACCAGGGACAAUUGCUUCGGGACGAUUCGCAGACCCUGAGUGGCCUGCACCUCACCCACAACAGUGUGUUGCACUGCCACAUCCUGCAGCACCAAUCACCGUCUGUGCCCAACAGUGCUCAUGCCAACGCCACCAAUGCGGAUACUGCACACGCUGCCCUCAACGUGGGCAGCCUGAUGGUGCCCCUCUUUGUGCUGAUGCUGGGAGCUCUCUGGUAUUUCCAGAUGCAAUACCGGCACGUGUUCACAGCCACAGCCACCACCUGCCUGGCGGGGCUCACCCUUGUCUUCAGCUUUGUGGCCUUUGCCGUGUACCGAAGAUAGUGCCGGGGGGGGGGGGGGCAGAAAGCUCCAGCUCCAUCUGGGCACAGGUGCCGGCUUGGUGGUCUUUCUGCCACAAGGGAGGAGGAGGGCAGCCCUGCAGCCGUCGGACUCUGGAAUCCCUUCAGCCGCUUUGGAGCCUGCCUUGUGAACGUGGGCGACCUGGGGGCUACGAGCCGGCUGGUGGUGGGAGCCGCAGGUGGGGUCCUGCCCCCAAGGGCUGUGCCAGCCGGGAGGGGAGGGGAGCCACCAUCCAUCGGCCAUGUGGGGAGGGGGGUGAACUGACAAAUGCAUAUUUUAAAAUUAAAGGCGGCGACUGUGAAGGAAAA